ACGGUGGAGCGGUGGAGUUCGUACGUCGGUUGGUUUGUGUGUGGUGUGUGUGGGCAGCCGGUCGGCCGUUGGCGCUACGAUCGGUUUGUUGUCGAACCGGCGUUUGCGAGCGUGCGCUCAUGGAAGUAUGUAACUGGUGUAAAUAUGGCGACGGUAGAACUACAUAAACAAAAUUCGUCGGUAAAUGUUCGAAAAAUGUAUAGUGGCGAGGACUUUAGAAAGAUUAGCAAGGUGAACGAAUCGUAUUGUUAUUAAGGGAGUUUCGUAUACGAAACGGAAUUUAUUUGCAUGGUUGCUGGAACAGGCUCAUUUGUUGUUUUGGCAUGGCCGCCAUGUUUAUACAUAUUUAUAUGUGUGUAUACAAUCGCAUAUAUUUGUGUGUGUACCUAUUAUAAUGUAAUUGCAUAGCGAUAUACGAAUAGUGAUUAUAACUUUGCGUGUUAAUUGUUUAUGUAAAAUUACUUUCAUGACAAAAAAUUUAUAUUCUUCUAGUGAGUGAUAUAAGUACUUUCUAUUCUCGCGAAGAACGAAUAUUACAAAAAAAAAAGAAGGGACGAAAUAAAAGAAGAGCGGUUUAGAAACGACGGUUGGCUUUGCAAAACCUUUUGUAAUUUUGAAUUUAGUUCUCAGUUACUCGCCACUAGUGUCCCAUAGUGUAUGUUUUUUUUGAUAUAAUUUUUGAUCCGUUCCGUUUUCUCUGAAGAAGAAAUGUCUGAUUAUACUCUUAACAUAUAGUAUUCUGGACAAGAUGAGUACGGAAUUGACGGGUUUAGUGGUCGUGAAAGUCUACCCCUUUCAAGAAGAACGCAUACUAAACAGUAAUGAGGAAACUCUAGAGACUAAAAUAAAGGCCCUAAUUAAAACAUGGGGGGAAUUUGGGAGCCUGAAAUGCAUGCCCUCACAAGAGAACUUCCAUACCUUAGCCCAAUACCUGAAGAAUCAUACAUUGAAUAUUGUGUUAUCCUUUAACUGGCUUAAACACAAAGACAUAUAUUAUAAGCAACUUGUGCAUGCCAUCGACAAAUGUUCGAAAUAUUUUGUUGUUAAUACAUCAUUUCAACUGACAUGUAGGAAGCUUCUUGGUGUAGCCAAAUCCCCAUGGCAGAAGUUACCUAUCAUACGUAUGCUAAAUUGUUCUAAACCUCUGAUUCAAAUUGAGGAUUACAAUUACUUUGUGUAUGAAGAAUCUGGGUACUUCAUAUCUAUGCGCCUUCAGAAACUAUGUGAGGAUAGGUGUGAAGACAUGGCACUUAAUCUAACUCGCACAUACAUAAAGUGCUGUGAGUGGGCUGAUAUGUACAACAAAAACAUGUACAUAAGUGCUGACCAGAGGAAGUUUGUAUUCGAUGUAUACCUUGCUUUGUUGUACAAGCUGAACCAAACAAAAGAGAUGUCUGGACUGUUGAAAGAAAUGACGUUCUCUGAUGGCGUGGAUAUGGUUCGCAGGUUUAGUUGUAAAUUGAUAACUGCUUCCAAGAUUUGGUUAAACAGCAUCUGCAUCGCCCAAUUGUCUGGGACGAUAUUCUUAACAAGAGGCGUAAUGCAACCGGUUGAAGAAAUAGAAGUCUACUUAAAUGAGCUGUUGGAAGUUUGGCUAGCGACAUAUGAAAAUGAUGAAGAUCAAGAGGAUUUAAUUGCAUGCCUGAGACGUAUCAUGAGAAAUGCUUUUACCUCAUCUCAUAUGUAUCUGAUUGUGAGGAAAUUAGAUUGUAAGUUUGGCAUUAGAAUGCGUAAUUAUAAUGUCGAGGUAUAUAUCCAGGCGUUGAAUACCGAUAUGAAUUUAUUGGAAAAGCUAAAGACUGACAACGACAAUGAGGAAAAAGUUACAGAAACCACGAUACGGGUCGCCGACGGUUUACUUCGAUUAGCAAAUUUGUUAAAAGACAAUUUGCGAGUAUCCAGAGAAUGUUUAUUGUCGGCAUUUAGUUUAAGGCCAAGCCUAGAAAGCCUUCUUCAGAUUGAAGGGGCCGCAAGAGCGUCCGGUUAUAAUGUUUUGGAUACAGGACAAUGGACGUGUCGAUUUCAUAAACCAGCUCAACCAGAAGACGAUCUCUUAAUACUAUGCGAUUACUGUAAUGACUAUUCGUUGGAAUUGAAACUUAAUAACCCUGCUCUGAAACAACCAAACACUGCGUUGUCUGAAGCUCUACGUACUAACAGAAUGGGGUUAAGCGAAGAAAUAUGCGACGAUCUUGUGGUUAUCAUUUUCUGUACAAGGUACCAGCUGUUGAGCUGGCUGCAAUGCUGGGACGAUUUGCACCGGCUUUGCAUUAUGUACCUCAAUGAUCCAGUUAAGACAAAGAACUUGAUAACUGAAUUAAAGUAUGUCGAUGUAGACUAUACUCCAUUCUUGUUGAAGAGAGAAAUGGAAAUGGCGGAGUCUCAGCUUUUUGAGGAAACCAUUUUAAAUGAAUAUACCGAUUUAAAGAAGAAGAAAAAGCGAAAACGAGUUGUUUCAUCUGGAGAGGAUGAAACAUCUGACGAUGAAAGUCUAUGUCCGACCGCAAAAGAUCCAGAUGCAAUAAAAACGUUAAGAUUGUUCAGAAAAUCCUUGAAGUCAGUGCAAGUUGAACCAGAGCAGAGUGCAGCAUUGAGCGCAGAUAUCCAUCACCCAAGUGUAGAAACGUGUCCAGUUGUUGUUACAACCCAAUCUUCGUCUUCCGCCCACGAUUAUACAGUAACAAACAGAGUAAUAAAUGAUGACGAGGAGACGCCAAGAAACGAAUCGAAAGCUGUGCUUCACAUUCGCAAAGACCUUUUCGAAACGUCAGCGUGGCCUUGCUUGCAUAAACCCAAUGAACGCGUUGUUCAGACCAACGAGAAAAAUUCAAAGAAAAAUUUUUCACAGGAACCCGUUACUCAAGCAAAGAUUGAAGAGGAAGUCAAGAAUACUGAAUAUGACAACCUAGUGAGUGCUGAAGCAAAACCAGUCAAUGAGUUGGGUAGCGGGGCCGACAUAAAUGAUAAUAAUGUGUUAGAUCUAGAAGCAGAAAAGCGAUUGCUAGAAGGACCUGAUGAUUGUGAAGAUCUGCACGAGUUGGAACAGGCUCUUUUUGGAGAUACCGAUAUGACUUCAUUGAAUCGAAUUAUGGAGACAUCAACUGGACGAUUGUACGUAGACGAUAAUACAAUUGAAGUUGAUGAAGAUUUGCUUCUUGACGAACGGUUUGACGGAUAUCAAUUGAACUUGAAAUCAGAGUCGAACUCUGUUACUAAUGAUUCCUCUAAUGCAGUUGAAGUUAAAGAAUCUAUGCUUGUUGACGAACAUAACUUGGUAGCAGAGUCGAACUCUGUUUCAAAUAUUACAAAAAUUGAGACCACGAGUCCCAAAUUGAAUAGCGCCAAGAAAAUUCUUGACGAUUGGGCAAUUGAAGAAAAUGAUAUCGUUGAAAGCAAGGUGGAGGCAUACACGUUUAGAAUCAAUCCCAAUGAAUUAGUUAUCUUUGAGGAUAUGGAAGUUGACAAUACUUUAGAGCCUGUAGUAGAAGAAAUAAAUUGUGAUGACGUUAAGCCUGCAAUGGAAGGAACUUGUCCGGUUACAUGCACUGUUGGUACCGAAGUGGCUAUAAAGACAGAGCUUCCUCAGACGGAAAGUGUGGCAAGUGUUCAAGCCCCAGUUGAAAGAGUCUCCCCUCUUCUCACUAUAGAUAAAUCUCCAUUAGUGGUAUCCAAAGAUUCUAAAAAUAAAAUAGAUAAUGAGACUGUAGUAGUUGAUGAUGAACCUGAAAAUGUGGUUGUUAGUCGUACUAGAUCAUCUGCACUUAGCCAAUUGCCGGAUCAAGUUAAGUACAAUUUGCGCGAAUGCCGAGUAGUGCUGAAUAGAGUUAAGGAACCUCCUAUUGCCGUACAGAAACCGGUCAAGAGGAAACGAAAAGCCGCAAGAAAGGCGUGGGUCACCAGACGGAAACAGAAAAAAAGUGAAUUUGUGGAGUCGAACGUUAGUCAACAAGGGACUAAGGAUGAAAACUAUAAUUCGCUCUGUAACGUGCAAAAAAAACCAAUUAGAGAUCCAGUCGUUUUGGAAGCUCUUAAGAAGAAGCUUCUCGUAGAAUCUGAUACGAUGAACCCCCGCGUAGUAUUAGAAAGGUUGAAUGAUUCCUCUAUGAAGUCUUUAUUAGCACGUGUCCCAGGCAUUAAAGAUUUAAAUUUGAUGAGGCCUGAAAGUACAGAUAGAGUUGUGAAUGUGGUGCAGGUAGCAGGUGGACGAACAUCAUCUACUGUAACAUCAGGAAACACACAAACAAGUACGCAGGUUAGCCCUCAUAUUCAAAGAAUAGGGCAGCCUCGAAGUGAAAAGAACUCUGAACCAAGUAACUCCGAAUCGGCUACUUCUGACAAGGCAACGAGUAACUCUUAUAAAUCAGCGGUCACGCAAUCACCAACUCUCAUAAACAUGCUGACGCAGCAGAUUACAAGACCGAGCCAUGGUACUCGUAGUCGUACAGGACCCAUUAUAAAUAUAAUUAGUCAGCAGAGCAUCAAACCCGCUAUAAAAGUGGAAAACAAUUCAUCCAUUUCGCCGGCCAACCAGGAUUCACAGGCCAAUUCUACAUCCAGAACUACCCCCAUACAAAAUAGUGAUACAAGCAGUAACUCUGGGCCAUUAAAAUCCGUUGUCGGUGGGAAAAUUUAUCCAGCACAUACAGUGCCUACUAGACCUAAAUCUGAUAGCACACAAGCUGUCUCCACAUCAACAGAUUCCUCAAAUCGAGAAGAGUGUUCCAUAGUAAAAAUAGCCUCCAGUAAAAGCAUGGAAAAAAAUUCUGAAACUUUGCCUAAGUUUCAGCAGGCGUUCGGUAAGUCCGUCUACCAAAAUAGUGUUGACAGUACUAAUGCUACUACUAACAAUCUUACUAACAACGUGACCGAUGACAUUGAUAAAGACAAACAGCAAAACAAAAAUGCUUGUGUUAGUAUGCAACCUAUCCAAGGUAGCGUAAUAUACACGAGACAGGUGCCUGUUGGCCAAGCAAUAAAUUUGAUACCACAAACGCGGGGACAAGUUUUUCGGAUUGCAACUUCAACAAAUCCUAAAGAUACUGUGAUACAAAAUAAGAUGAAUGCAUUGUUGGCUGCUGCGUUACAAGGUAAAACUAAAAGUUCUGAGCCUUUAACUGAAGAUUCGGAUGCGCCUGACAGCAAUGUGCACAACGGAACAGACAAUGUCGGCACGACAAGAAUACAAGUGGCGCAACCGUCGUUAGUACAAACUUCUCGAAUAGUGAAACCGGUCCUACAGAUCCCAACGAAUGUGAUAAGGAAUACUCCGCAAACCAACUUAAGUUCGACCACUUUAGAGCAACUUAGAGAAUUCGAUAUGGUUUAUAAGCAAGUUACUGAGCGCAGCAGCACCUCAACACCGGCCGACGCUGGAUCCGCCGCGUCUACGGAAAGCAACGAUUCUACUACUUCGCCACAAUGUAUAAGUGUAACAUAUUUAAACCAAACUCAGAAAUUGAACUGUUCCUCGGUCGUGGUAGUGAGCAGCUACAACAAUUUACAACCAGCAGUUUCGCCAGCCUUGAGUGUCGCUUCGCAAGGGAGCUCCAGUCCUUGUGUAACUCCGGCCUCAACACCUACGCCAGUUCUUCCAAAGGUCGCCGUGAAAACUACGAAGGGAGGAGGAAAGACCAUAAAGACGGCACCCAUACAUCCCGCGAAGACUUCACCGAACAUUCCCAAACCCCAGCAGAAAUCUCAGGAAGACGAACAAACGACACAAAGGAUCUUCGAUAUAUUAGCCGAAUACGCGGAGCAGCUACGAAACUCGCCCGACCUGAACAAUAAGCCUGCGCCGCGAAGACGUUCUAACCCACCUACGAAUCCCAGCCAAAAUUCAAAAAGAAAAAAAAGUUCGUCGUCCAAAAAGAGUGGUCAAUGUUCGCUGUCCUCCGAUGCGGACAUUGACGAUCCACGAACAGCAGGCAGUGAAGACAGUUCAUGUGGAAUAGUGCAGAUAUCGAUGCAAGACGAUGAGCAAACAUCCGCGGCCGGCAACGCUUCCGAAUCGAACGACUCGACGCCGACAACGACGACGACUCGACAGCAACUCAUAUUAACCGAUUCAUCUCAUACUCAAACUCGUAAUCUAAUUAUUGCUGAUUCUAGCGUCGGCGAAGCCUUGAAAAUGCCGAAUACGGCGGUGCUGGUGCCUGGAAACUAUAUAAUGCCGGUGUCUAUGGUUAAGGGUGGGCAACAAAUUGCUGUGGUGUCGGGUGGAAGCAAAAUUUUAGCUACGGUCCCGGCACGAUCGGGACCAAACAUGUUGCUUUUCCAGAGUUUUCUUAAUCAAACCCGAAAAACUAAUGUGUCCACCGUAAAAUAUUCAACCAUUCAGCCCCUCACCGGUAUUUCCUCCCAGACACUAGCAGGGGUAUCAGCCCAACCUCCCGUUAUCCUUCCUCCCCCUGGCCAUGGUAUUAGCACUGUUACCUUGGGUCAACCCAUUGCCAUAAAAACAAUAGAAGAAACUGAACGAGUGAAUACUGAAAUUGUCUUGACGAUUUCACAAUCUAGAGAAACCAAUCGCACACCUGCAGAAGAUAAUCCUCAGCCAGAUAGCAGCACCAGUAUAGCCACAAAACUAGAGUCCGAUAUAGAUGAAAACACUGCCAUGUCCGAAAGUUCUUCUGACAAAAAAUUGUACCAUAAGCAACCGCUGAAGACAACAUCUACUUCAAAUUCAACUACUACUACUACUACUGCACCGAUUGCAACACCCGUCAUUGCCCAGAACAUCAAGAUCGAAGAAACAUCGGAUUCAUCGAAUACACAAGGAAUGAUGACGCUUAACAUAAAUCCGAUGGAUGUAAAAGGCGAAAAAAUUGAAGAAAGACGAGUACAAUCUGUCCUCGUGACGGCAGGUUCCUCUAACGGGCCAAUGCUAUCGCGUAGUCCGUCUCGGUCGAAGCAAUUGGGAAGUGGCUCUAGCGGCGUCGUCGUUGUCUCAGCCGCAACUGCCACCGUUACUGCCGCCAAUACUACUGCUACAGUUAUCAAAACGGAAUCAGCACCUAAAGAAAAGUUUUCAAAGCAUACGAAGAAAAAUGACAAAACGCAACAAAACCACGCGUUUUGCAUGCAAGGGAGACUUAGAACAAAAACAGCUGGCGGGCGAGUGGACAAAGACGGUGGGCAGCAGUUUGGUACGCACAGGCGGCAAGCGGCCAUGGACCGAGAAAUACGGCUUCAGAAGAGCCUUUCCGAGGAAUGCGAAGACCUGGGCGUAGACGAACCAAACUCAUGCGACCUAUUCCCAGAAGCGGUGCUCUUCGAUGCGCACAACUCGCCUUCGUUUGAUCAAACAUCGCAGGAGUUACUUAGGAGAACUUCAGUGCUGCAUGCACAGCAGCAGGAUAAAGCCGACGAUCAGAAGCUCACCUUGUUUGCCGACGAUGAUUUAAUGUUCGAUGCGAGUCAUCAUCCUUCCGUUGACGUCAAAAAGCAGUACUCCCAGAAGGAAUUGCGAAUGACUCACAAGGUGGUCAUAAAUGGUCAAUGUUCGGUUGCUUCUGCUGUUCCCGUUCCCUCCGCCACCGUUACUGCUGCUAUCGCCGCUACCACCGGCCAGUGCAAAGACAAUACACUUUUGCAAACAUGCACGUCCAUGUCCGAUGUGACACUGAGCUCGCCGCUGUCUCCCGAAAAGUACCAUGCGAAUACUCCACCAGCCACGAAUAAAUCUAUGCUGAAAUAUUCAAAUAAAAAAAGGGCCGACCGCAAACCAACGGAUAACUGGCCAAUAGAGGUGUCUAGUUCCGAGGACGUAACAACCGGUAGUAGCGAUCGAAUGAAAUCUUCCAACAGUUCGGAUAAUUGCGCGAAUAAGAAUUCCCGGAGCGAUGAGGACGUUAGCGAUAAUGCUUUAAAAAAGGUAGUACAUAUAUCUAUAUCGAAGACGGAAUGCAGUGAUAACCAUUGUGACAGCGACUGCGAUUCUGUUAGUGGCCGCGGCUCGCGAAAGAGCAGUCGCAAUAAGUGUACUUGUAACAAUGGAAUGACUGAGGUUUGUUCAAAUUCGAGGAAGCGACCAUCCACUCAACAGCAGCACAUCAGCAAUCCGCACAAAAAGGCCUUCUCUACCAAAACAGAUAAUUCUUGCUGAUACUUUAUCACAAACAUUAUAUUAUAUACAUUAUAUAACAAAAACAUUCAUUUAACUUAAUAAGCGAAGUGAUGCACUGUUAGUACAAAUUUCCGAAGGAACGUAUCAACUAAGAAACGCGACGAUUGCAUUAUAUGUCAGAGUUAUGCGAUUGAACAAAAAAAGUAAAAGAAUGAUGAUGAGUACCUUUUGUAUAAAAUACCUGUGCAUUUAAUAUUAUUUAUU